GAUUAGCAUAACGUAACACAACACGGAAGCAGAGAUUCUGUGACAUAUUCUUCACUCUGUGUUCGCGAAUCCCAUUGUAUUAGUUGUGAGAGAAUAUGGGAUUUGCGAUCACUUUCACUGCAUUUCUCGCAUCUCUUCAUAUAUGAUGACGUAAUUCAUCCGUUUUUUGUCGAAAAGUGUAACACUUUUAUGAAAAUAGGGAAUGACUUACACUUACACUGUAUUAUACACUGUAUUUUUCAAUAGUGGUUAUCAUUAACAUAGCCUUCAAUGUGCAACAAGUCUAUCAAUUCUGUAUUGAUUUCAUUGCAAUAAUCGCUUUAUAGAAUCGAUUAUAACAUACAAUACGAUCGGGUAUUGUAUUGAAGUGGUCUAAGAGAGGUAUGAAUGACAACAAUAAUAGCAGUAAUUCUUCCGAUUACGACUAUCUCAUCAAAUUCCUGACACUCGGCGAUUCUGGUGUUGGAAAAACGAGUUUUCUCUAUCAAUACACUGACGGGUCUUUUAAUACAAAAUUCAUUUCAACAGUUGGUAUUGACUUCAGAGAGAAGAGAGUUGUGUACAGAUCGCAAAAGAGUGAUGGCAUGACCGGCCGAAGCCAGAGAGUACACCUCCAGUUGUGGGACACCGCCGGACAGGAGAGGUUCCGUUCGCUCACAACUGCUUUCUUUCGAGACGCGAUGGGAUUUAUAGUGCUUUUCGACAUAAGCAGCGAAAAGUCAUUCCUAAACAUAAGGAAUUGGUUGGAACAGCUCAAGACUCAUGCCUACUGUGAUGACCCCGAUGUUGUCCUCUGUGGCAAUAAAGCAGACCUCUAUGAAAGACGUGUUAUAUCCGAAGAAAGAGCGCGUCAAGAGGCGGACAAAUAUGGACUCAAAUAUUUCGAGACGAGUGCAGCCACGGGUCAGAACGUCUCCAAAUCGAUGGAAACGUUAUUGGAUUUAGUGAUGAGUCGAAUGCAAAGAGUGGUCGAAACCAAUCCUCAACUGCCGAACCGAUACUGUAUUAACGAUAAUAUAAAACUAGAAGCAAAUGCACAAAACGAUGAAAACCGGACCUCAUAUUACAGCAAAUACUGUAACUGUUAGCCAAUCGGACAAACUUUUUAAAACAAAUAUCCAUUCCGUAUUAAUUUAUCAUAAGCUAUGCCUAAAAAAUUAUAAAUUAUAUAUCAA